AUGGAAAAUAUAAACGCUUAAAUAUUUAAAUUGAUAUUUUCUGAGACUGCUCAAUAUUUAUACAAAUAUUGUAAUGUUAGAAGACAUGAUGGUGUAUAUAGUUGUGAAUUGUCAUUAUUAAAGAAGUUGUAAUUUGGAAAUAAAUUAUUAUAAUUAAUGAAAAAGCCAAAAGUCCUAUAAAAUUAUAAAUACUAAUAUACGAAAUACCAUAAUAUGGGGAAUUAAUAAAAAAAUAUAUUCAUUUGUAUAUGCUUCAUAAAACAAAAUGUUCCUAACUCCUGCAACCGAGAUUUUAGGAAGUAGAAGCAAACAUGUAAGAUAAAUAUUUGAUAGGUUAUAAGCAGAUUAAUAAUAAGCAAAAUGAACAAUGA